AUGUCCGAAUCCGGCGCGGACCCGGCGGGGCAUUUCGACUCCUUCGAGAGUGUGGUGCGGGCCCACGGGAGAAGUGAGACGGCUUCCUGGCUCCUGGUCACUCUGUUCUGCGACGUAUUCGGGAUGGACAGAAGCGUUUACAUAUACUUCCCUCGGGGCCGCAACGAGGACAACGGGUGGGACCGCACACGCCACCAGUCGGACGAGCCCUCAAGUAAGACCCGGGGAAAGAAGCCAAUCACUAGGAACACCAAGGCGGCGCAGACCAUCUGCUCGCGACGGUAGCGGAUUAUCGCAUGACGCUACUACAUCGGGUGAACGUCAACGAACUUCCUCGGAACCACCUCAAGGAGGAAACAGGCGACGCCGGCAGGGAAGUGAACCGGAUCCAGACGGUGAGUCGCGAAAAAGAGGAACGCCAUC